UACACCAUCUUAUACGUUGAUCAAGUUGAAGAGACUGUUCAGUUUUACGAAAAAGCCUUCGGUCUGAAGAGACGCUUUAUCCAUGAAAGUGGAUAUGCGGAGGCGGAAACUGGGGAAACAACCCUGGCCUUCUGCGACCACCAACUUGCUACCUCAAAUGGCGUUUCUUAUCAAGGACAUGAUUCCAACAAUCCCCCUGCUUUUCAGAUCUCAUUCGUCUCUAACAAUGUUAAUCAAGACUUUCAAUAUGCGGUUGAUAAUGUCGCUGUUGCCAUGGCCACGCCGAAAACAAAGCCUUGGGGACAAGUGUUGCCUAUCUGA